AUGGGGAAGUUUGGAGUGUUGUUUUUGUGUUUGCUUUUACAGAUUGGAACAGGAUUUGCUUCAGGUGUCCCUGUGACCAGCUGUGAGGCGUGUCACCCUGAAGCCACCUGCCUGAGGCGUGAGGAGAGAAGAGAAACGUUACCCACCACCACCGUCUCCUGCCAGUGCAAAGAUGGAUUUGUUGGCGACGGCGUCAACUGUUACGAAGUGAAAGAAUGUGGGGGUGACUCCUCUUGCUGUAGCGCAGGUUACAAAUGGUCCCCUAAAGAGGGCUGUGUGGAUGUAGACGAGUGCUCUCUCAAGCCGUCCCCCUGUGCUGCAUCUCAGAUCUGCAGAAACACACAGGGCUCCUUUGAAUGUUCUGUAAAUCCUGCUCUGCGCACAGGAGCAAGUCCCUUUGUGAACGCUGUGCAGUUUAUGUGUGGUAACACUACAUGUCCACACGGCAUGGACUGCAUUACCAACAAUGGAACGGCCCGCUGUGCUGACCCCUGCGAGCAUUACACUGCUCUGGAUGACCCCUGGCGUGCAGCUGACAAAAAACCCCAUCCCACACAGUCCAGGUACAUCGAGAGACGAGAUGUUUGUGGUUCAUAUUCCUCAUGCUGCAGCUUUAAAAGUCCCAAAAUUCACAUCAAGCGUUGCUACGGAGAUUAUUAUGUCUACAAACUUGUGAGACCAAACUCGUGUUACUUGGCUUAUUGUGCAGAAGUUACAAAUAGUUCCAGCACAACUGCACCAGAAACUACUGCGGAAAUAACCACCUUCGACCAAGUCAGAGCUGGUCCGUGUUCCCAUCCAGUGUCCCAUCGUAAGAGGUUUCCCCGGUGGAAUUUGAAUCACCAAGCUCUGCGUGGAAACAAGAGAGCAGAGUGA